AAUCCCUCUAAAUUUUCUCUCUGAUGUUGUCGUUGGUUUCUGGUGAAGUAAAAAAAAUAUUUGUACGCAUUCAUUUUUGAUGAUUGAGCGUCAAUUGCAAAAGUAUUUUUAAUAUAAACACUUAUAAAAAAUAAUUUCAAUCGAUCAGCCAACAAAAUGAAUGGUGAAGAUUCUUCUGUCAUUGUAGUCAAAGCAAAACCAGUGCGAAAAGUUUUUAAAGCUCCAGUUCGUGUCAGUAAAAUUCCACAAGAGUUACUUGAUGAUCCAAUAUUAAAUGCUGCAAUUGCAGCUAUACCUGAAAAUUAUAAUUUUGAAAUUCACAAGACAAUAUGGAGAAUAAGAGAAACAAAGGCAAAACGAGUUGCAUUACAAAUGCCAGAAGGUCUUUUAUUCGUUGCAACAACAAUUGCUGAUAUUAUUGAAGAUUUUACUGAAGCUGAAACUGUAAUUAUGGCUGAUGUUACUUAUGGUGCUUGUUGUGUUGAUGACUACACAGCUCGUGCGCUGAACGUUGAUCUCCUUAUUCAUUAUGGACACUCAUGCUUAAUUCCCAUCAACCAAACUGAAGGAAUUAAAGUUUUAUACAUAUUUGUAGAUAUAAAAAUUGAUACAGAUCACUGUAUUAAUAGUAUAAAAGCAUCAUUAAAAGUACUUACUAAACUUGCACUCGUCAGCACAAUUCAAUUCGCUGGAACACUGCAAGUUAUUGCCAAAGAAUUGAGAAGUGUUGGAUAUGAAGUUAGUGUACCUCAAAGCAAACCAUUGAGCCCUGGUGAGAUUUUAGGCUGCACUGCUCCACAAAUUCGAUGUGCUGAUGCUUUAGUUUACAUUGGUGAUGGUCGUUUUCAUUUAGAGGCCGCAAUGAUAGCAAAUCCACAGCUUCGUGCAUUUAGAUAUGAUCCGUAUGAUAAAAAGAUUACUGAAGAAUUUUAUUAUCAUGAUCAUAUGCGAACUGUACGAAAGAAUUUUAUUGAACAAGCUAAAAAUGCUCAAACAAUUGGUCUUGUAUUAGGUACUCUUGGUCGCCAGGGUAAUCCAUCAGUGUUAAAAAAUUUAGAAAAACGAAUUCAGUCUCUGGGGAAAAAAAACGUUGAUAUUUUAUUGUCUGAGAUUUUUCCAGACAAAAUUUCAAUGUUUAAAGAUAUUGAUGCUUUCAUUCAAAUUGCAUGCCCAAGGCUUAGCAUUGAUUGGGGCACGGCUUUUGAAAAGCCUUUCUUAACACCUUACGAAGGUGCUGUGGCAUUAAAUCUCGCCGAAUACGAUCUGACAAAACCUUAUCCUAUGGAUUUUUAUGCAUCAUCAAGUUUAGGACCAUGGACUCCAAAUCAUAAACCUGCAGAGCUUGAAAAACAGACUGAUAAGUGUUGUGGAAAGUGUAAAUAAGUGUGAAAAAAUGACAGUUAAAAAAAAGAUGAAUUAUACUCAUGGGAAUAAAUCAGUAAGAAAAUAUGAAUAAAGAUUCUUACUUAACGAAUGGAAUUUAUAAGUGAUUUUAAAUUAUGUUUCGUAUAUAAAUUUGAUAUACAUAAUAUUUUGCAUUAAUUAUUAAAUGUGGAUAUAAAUGAUUUU